CUUAAGCUGCCCGAAGCCCGCCUGCGCCCGCCUCCGAAGCGGCGCGCGACGCCCAGCGCCUCCAGGCGCGGGCCGGUGUUCGUCCAGGCCCAGGCCCGGCCCGCGGGCAAGACCGAGCCACACCGCAUUUUCUUUUAUUUCGUUCGUGGUUUUGCAUAGACUGAAGUUUCGUGGGUUAGGUUAAACUCGGGACCUUCUCGAAGAGGACCCAUUUAUUUUUUUCCUUCCAAAAUGGCAGCCUCCAGCCGCGCACAAGUAUUAGAUCUGUACCGGGCGAUGCUGAGAGAGAGCAAGCAUUUCAGCGCCUACAAUUACAGAACUUAUGCUGUCAGGAGGAUAAGAGAUGCCUUCAGAGAAAAUAAGAAUGUAAAAGAUCCUGUAGAAAUUCAAGCCCUAGUGAAUAAAGCCAAAAGAGACCUUGGAAUAAUUCGUCGACAGGUCCUCAUUGGCCAAAUGUAUUCGACUGACAAGCUUAUCAUUGAGAAUCAAGAGAAGCCUCGGACCUAGGGGGCCGGGACCAGCCACCACUGGCAGCCGUGGACCAGCUUCAGCAUCCAUGCUGCGCUUGGGGCGGGGGCUCCCCCAGACCACAGGUGGCCUCUUCCAUCAGCUUAGAAUAGCCUCUUGCUCGGCCUGCCCAAUAGGAGCUGAUCAACUGAGGCCGGUUUCCAUUCUUCUGCAGCCCUAGUGAGAAAGGGUGGCAGGGUCUCCUUGAUUCAAGCGAGGAGCUGGAGCUCACUCCGAAUAGUGCUGUGUAUUCUUGUGUCUGCUCUCCGCCCCACUCCUCUUUUGUAUCAUCACCGCCCAUAUAGAGCCCCUCCACCCUCUGCAUCUUCGUUGACAAUAAACAGAAUUGUCUCCUGAA